GUGUGAACUUUGAAAAUCCAAAUACAAGAAACGCUAUUCAGAGAAACCAUUUGAAAAUCAAAAUUGGAGAAACCCUCCUAUUCCUCUCUUGAUCUCGACUUGAUUCCUUGCCAUUUGGUUCGCUGGCGACUUUGACGUUGUGCAAUAGCUCUUUCGCCGACGAUUGAAGGUUUCUCUUCUCCAUCUUAUGCUCAGUCUGGCAGCGAACGACUUCAACUUCACAGUUCUCAGUCUCAGUCAGACGGUGAAGCUCGAGCUCUCAGGUUAUUGUAGCGAUGGACCCGAGUCCAGCUGAUCCUACUGUGUUGACGUUACAACAGUCUUACAGAUCCAUUUUAGCAUGGACUUUCUCGGAUGAUGUUGACUCCGUUAUACUUACGUGUCGAUAUCGCGAGGCUACGAUAGUACGUAUGGGACGCCCUGAUGCACGCAUAUUCCCAUACUUGCAGAGAGCAGGAUUUUGUAGACUCAUCCAUGUGCCGUUCAUACAGUUAGGUUGGCAUCUUAUUGUUGUAAUAGUAGAGAGGUGGCGAUCGGAGACACACACAUUUCACUUAACAUCUGGGGAGGUAACCAUCACAUUGCAAGAUGUCAAUAUCUUAUCUGGACUUCGGGUUGAUGGUAACGCUGUUUCAGGGAAUACUGGUUAUGAUUGGCCUGUUAUAUGUAAUCGUCUUCUAGGGACAGUUCCACCUACCAACCAACUCAAAGGCUCGAGGUUGAACAUGACGUGGCUUUCCCAGACUUGUGGUAACUUACCCAUUGAUGUUGAUGAUGUCAUAGUUCAGCGCUAUGCUAGAGCAUUCAUUCUCCAACUUUUGGGUGGUAGCAUUUUUGCAGGCAAAUCUGGUAAUAUGGUGCAAUUAAUGUUUCUGCCUUUACUAGAGGACUUUGAUGCUACUGGGGAAUACAGCUAG